AUGUCGCAUAUAAAUAUAAAUCAAUCACAAUUAAAUGAUGAAAGUAUAUCAUAUAUUAAAUCUACUCAUGAAAACAAUCAGUUAAUUUACCAUGGAGCACGAUUUUGUGUAAAACAAAAAAAUUUAAGUUCAAUUUUAUGGAGAUGUGUUAAAGGAAACUGUCCUGCUUCUAUUUCAAUUUCAAAUAAUAAUAUUGUUUUAAGAAAAAAUGAAAAUCAUAAUCAUCUUAUUGAUUCGAAUGAAAUUAAAGUUUUAGAACUUCGACAUAAAUUAAAAAAAGAUGCACAAAGCAGUUCAGAACCAAUUGAUAAAAUAGUAGAAUUAGGAUACUCAAAUAUGGUUACUACACAAAAAAUAAAUGAUUCAAUUGUAAAAUUUCCUACAAUGAAAACAUUAAAAAAUACUGUAAGUCGACAACGUCGAAAAAUCAGACCACCUUUACCAAAAUCACUCGAUAAUUUACCUCAUCCACUUCCACCAUUAUAUACAAUAACUAAAAAGAAUUUGAACUUUCUUUUAUAUGAUGGAAUAUUAGGUCAAAAAAGAGGCUUAAUAUUUGCAUCGCAAAAUGAUAUUGAGUACUUAGCAUACCAAAAAUUUUGGUAUGGUGACGGUACCUUUUACACAUCACCUUCCAUAUUUUAUCAAAUUUACAGUAUUCACACUUUCGAUGAAGGACUAUCAACUCCAUGUGUAUUCGCACUUCUACCAGAUAAAUUUGAAACAACAUAUUUUGAUUUAUUUUCUAUAUUGAUAAAAAAAAUAAUGGAAAUAUCCAAUAUUAUUCGACUUGAAUGUAUUACUAUAGAUUACGAACUGGCUGUUAAAAAUGUAUUUUGCAAACAUUUUCCACAUGUUGAAGUAAAAGGAUGCCUGUUCCAUUAUGGACAGGCAUUGUUUCGGAAAUUUGUGAGCUUAAAUUUAACAACACCAUUUAAAGAAGAUGAAUCUUUACGUCUAUGGUUUCGAAGUUUUGCUGCAAUUGCACUCUUACCAGAAACAGAUAUGGAUGAAGCAAUUGAAUAUUUACGUUCAAUAAAACCAUUAUUAUAUGAAAAAGAAAUUGAUUCAUUUUUGGAAUAUCAUAAUAACACUUAUGGCAUUAAUAGCAGAUUUCCACCAAAAAUGUACAACCAUUAUCGUAAUCUUAAACCACGUACUAUAAAUUAUCUCGAAGGUCGCCAUAAUCGUUGGAAAAAAAGAUCUACGAAAUCUCAUCAUGAUAUUUAUAUUUGCAUCGAUAUGUUUAAAAUCGAUCAACUAUUAGCUGCAGAUGAAAGAGAACGACAUGAAGCAGGAGCAGCUCCACCAAAACGUCGAAAAAAUACUCGAAUAGCAGAAGAAUCGUUAACUCGAUUAUGGGAUAAAUUAGAAAAAGAUCAGAUUACUAAAGAAAAAUUUUUAAAAGGCGCUGGACUUCGUUAUUUUCAAUAUUUAGAAAUUGAAUAA